AUGGCCGCGUGGAUCCGCUCGUGCUCUCUUCUGCGACUCCUUGAGGCCGCGGGCAACGUUGCGACGGCAGCGCAUGCUCGGAGCAUCGCGCCCUGCCUGUUGGACACCAGCCCGAUGGACGAGGCGGAGCGGAAGACAUGGCAGCGGCAGGCCGUCGCUAUUCUGUGGUUUUUAAGCAACCCUGCUCUCGCGCACGCCCGUUCCAAGCUUGGCAGAUGGUCUAUUGCUAGUUUCCCGCGGCUUCGGCCCGACAGGCUGUGCGCGGUCGGCCGGCUGUUGUCGGCUCGAGCGUUCAGCGGGCGGUGCGCGGCGCGGCGCUUUCAAGGCAGAGCGGGGCGCGCGCUCGGAUGCAAUCGCGGGGAGGAUUCGAUUGAGCAUGAUGUUUUCUUGCGAGCUGUGCCAUUCCUUUUGUUUCCACCACGCUGGCCUGGCGCGCCCGGCGCCGGAGGACCGGCUGGCUUGCUUUUUGAAUCUCGGCCGCCCCCGACGCCUUCGCCGAGAGGAGGAUAUUGA